GUCCUUACGAUUCACCAAGGGUUUAGGGUUUAUACACCACCAGAGUAAAACAUAAUAACAACAGAAACACAAUCAGCACCGAGAGGAGGCAGCAUAACACAACAAUGGCCGAAAAGAGAAGAAUAAGCCUUGUAGCAGGCUCAUACGAACGUUUCAUCUGGGGUUUCACUCUCAACCCCAACAAACAAACCCUAAACCCUCUCUUCUCCUACCCCUCCCAUCUCUCCCUUAUCAAAUCCGUCGCCGUCUCCGGUUCCGUCGUCGCCUCCGGCGGCUCCGACGACACCAUCCAUCUCUACAAUCUCUCCGCCGCUUCCUCCCUCGGUUCCCUCACCCACCACUCCUCCACCGUCACCGCACUCUCCUUCUACUCGCCUCCUCACCUUCCUUUCCCUCGGAACCUCGUCUCCGCUGACGCUGAUGGCUCCUUGGCAAUCUUCGAUGCGGAUGGUUUCGUUCAUUUGAAGACGCUUCCGGUUCAUAAAAAGGCUAUCAAUGAUCUUGCUCUUCAUCCGUCCGGGAAGCUUGCGUUGACGGUUUCGCGGGAUAAUUGUUUUGCGAUGGUGAACCUUGUUCGUGGUCGGAGGAGCUUUUGUUGCCGGUUGGAUAAAGAGGCGACGAUUGUUCGAUUUGAUGAUUCGGGUGAUUCGUUUUUCAUGGCUGUUGAUGAGAUUGUUUCUGUUCAUCAAGCGGAGGAUGCUCGUUUGUUGCUUGAAUUGCAGUGUCCUAAGCGUGUUCUCUGCGCCGCACCUGCUAGGAAUGGACUUCUCUAUACAGGCGGCGAGGACCGAAAUAUCACAGCAUGGGACAUAAAAAGUGGAAAAGCUGCAUAUUGCAUAAAAGAGGCUCAUUCUGCACGUGUAAAAGGUAUUGUUGUGCUCAGUGAUGAGGCUACAGGGGAUGAUGAACCAUACCUUAUAGCAUCUGCAUCAUCUGAUGGUACUAUACGUGCAUGGGAUGUUCGCAUGGCUGCCACAGAUAAGCCAAAUCCACUAGCUGAGUGUAAGACACAGUCAAGACUGACAUGUCUAGCUGGAUCGUGUCUGAAAUCCAAACAACCCCAAGCUGGAAAGAAUAACGCAAAAGUUGAAGAUGAAAAUCAAAUGGUGACUGAUCAAUAGUUUUCUAGAUGCCGUGCUUGAGAGAAGACCGUUUUACUGUAUGACUAACGUGGUUUUGACCUUUGGAGGCUCCAAUUAGCAUGGCAUUGCUUUGAGAAGACUAUGGACACAAACGCAUGGUUGAUUCAAUUUAUUGGUUGCAGUUGCAGCGCACACAACUGCUUGGGUCAUCAUAAGUUACUCAUAAAUCUGCACUUCGUGCUAGUAAUUCUGUAUGAUGGUUUCCUAUCUGUUUUUGUACAAGUCUUUUAGAAAGCUGAAACAAAAAAGGUUCAUAUACUAUUAAUUUUUCAUCUUUAGAAUACCUUAGUUUUUAUUUAUGAAUUUGUCCAUUUAAUGUGGAAGCAAUACUAUUAUUUUUGGGUUCUUUUAGUUUAUGUUAUUUACAACCGAAUGAUUUCAUAAUCGUAUACAGAAUCAUGUGCAUCUUAAUCUUUUAUACAAUAGUGAUUAAUC